AUGGUUGUGAAGCGUACGCUUGGGAAGCUCUUGCUGGCUCUUGUCUGGUUGCCCCCUCAGGCCGCGCUGGCUGGAUGGCGCGGCCACGAGAAGCCCAUGCCUGAGCACCGCGGCCUUGACAUCGCCAGGUGGCCAGUCCUAUCCAAGGACUUCCUGGUCAACCUGUGUGCUUCCGUGGGGACUGUGGUGGCUGCCAUCCUCGCCUUUGUUGCACUUCGGUUUACACGCAGAGACUCCGAGAGAGCCCAACGGGAGUCCAAAGAGGGCAGAGUCCAAGCUGUGGUGGACUGCAUGAUGCAGCCCUUCUCGCCAGAGACAAAGCAGGAGAAAGUGGUCGGGCGCGGCAUCAUCGAAGACAUCCGUCGCCGAAUCCAGGAAUGGGAUCAGCAUGCAACGAUUAUUGCAGGCCGCUUCGGCUCCGGCAAAUCCGUGGCCCUCGCAGAGGCGCUUCGCGGCAUGCAAGGCGUCUACGUGCACACCGUUGAGGGCAAAGAUUGGAAGGAG